GAUUACCCAAUUAAUUUGUACUAUGGUGCAUUGGAUUGUUUUACCAGGUUCUGGUUAGAUGGGUGGGAUGUACUGGAUCUGGCUUUGUGGACCAAGCUGGGUCUGCAGGUUGUCAUUUUGUAUUUUGAGCCAAGUGUGUUUCGCUGUGUUCUCCUAAGAUGGGUUCGUCUUCUGGGCUUUGCUACUGUUUAUGGAACUGUGACGCUCAAGCUGCACAGGGUUUUGAAGGUUUUCCUGUCCCGAACUGCUCAACGUAUUCCAUACAUGACAGGUGGGCGAGUGAUGAGGAUGCUGGCUGUUAUUCUCCUGAUAGUCUUUUGGUUUCUCGUUGGCUGGACUUCUGCAAUAACCCAAAAUUUGGAGAGAAACAUUCCACUUAUUGGCCAAGGGCAAACAUCUGACCACUUGAUCUUCAAUAUGUGCCUCAUAGACCGCUGGGAUUACAUGAUGGCUGUUGCUGAAUUUUUAUUCCUCUUGUGGGGUGUUUAUCUCUGCUAUGCAGUGCGGACAGUCCCAUCAGCAUUUCAUGAGCCACGUUAUAUGGCUGUUGCAGUUCACAAUGAGCUCAUUAUCUCUGCUAUAUUCCAUACAAUUAGGUUCAUUCUUGCUUCAAGACUUCAGUCUGACUGGAUGCUGAUGCUAUUCUUUGCACACACACACUUGACUGUGACAGUCACUGUUGGUCUACUUCUUAUCCCUAAGUUUUCACAUUCAAGCAAUAACCCAAGAGAUGAUAUAGCUACAGAAGCUUAUGAAGAUGAGCUUGAUAUGGGUCGAUCUGGAUCCUAUCUGAACAGCAGUAUCAAUUCAGCAUGGAGUGAACAUAGUUUGGAUCCUGAAGAUAUUCGGGAUGAGUUGAAGAAACUGUAUGCCCAGCUUGAAAUCUAUAAAAGGAAAAAGAUGAUUGCUAAUAAUCCGCAUCUCCAGAAAAAAAGGUGCUCUAAAAAGGGCUUAGGGCGCUCGAUAAUGCGACGUAUUACAGAAAUCCCUGAAACAGUCACCAGGCAGUGCUCCAGGGACGAGAAGGACCUGAUGGAGCACAGUGCUGUGAAGAACAUGUCCACGUUGAGGAAAAACCCACAGGAUUCCAUGAGUCCUGCAAAGCCAAAAGAGGAGACUUUGAAAAACAGGGUCUUUUCCUUAAAAAAGUCCCACAGCACUUAUGAUCAUGUUAGGGAUCAAACAGAAGAACCGAAUAGCUUAACUACAGAAAGUGCAGAAGUUAUAGCUGCUGAGAAUUCGCUUCUGGACUCCUUGAACAGUAACAAAUCAACCAAAAACGCUCCUGAGAAAGUUGAAGCUGUCUCCACUGAAUCAGUCCCUUUGGUGUGCAAAUCAGUAAGUGCACAUAACUUAAGUGCCGAUAAGAAGCCUCUGCAUCCAAGAACAUCUGUGUUACAAAAAUCCCUCAGUGUUAUUGCUAGUGCCAAGGAAAAGACUCUGGGACUAACAGGUAAAACACAAAGUCUAGAAGAAAGCACUAAAUCUCAUAAAUCUCAGCAGAAAGGUAAGGAGGCCAGCAAAAAGCACUCAGCCUCCGAUAAAGGGGAGCAUAAGGAUUCCCACCGGAAGAACUCUACCCACUCUGAGGAAACAAAGAAAACCCAUAAAUCUGGAAUUAUGAAACAGCAAAGGGUUAGUCAAACUCCUGCAAAUCCAGACACAGGCCCAGGUAAGUCUUUACACAAGGACAAUUUUGACAUAGGAGAAGUUUGUCCUUGGGAGAUAUAUGACCAAACUCCUGGUCCUGUGCCUUCUGACUCUAAAGUUCAAAAACAUGUGUCUAUUGCUUCCUCAGAGCCAGAGAAAAACCACCCUUCCCAGCCAAAGGGGAAGACUCAUCAUAAGCUGAAGACACCCGAGGGGUAUCAACAGUCAAAUCAAAAGAGCUCAGAGAAGGUGGAGGCAGCCAUUCAGGAGACACAAGAGCAGCAGGUCUUUGAACAUGAGAAAAAACAGUCAAAUUCCAAGUCUCAGGUCUCCCCUGAGCUGAAGUGUGAGAAUGUUAAUAGAUAUACACCUAAUAUCUGUGCUGCGGAGCAGGAGCUACCCCAGAAAGCAGCAGAAAAGGAAAACCUCAAUAAAUUGGCGGAACAGAAAAAAAAUGCCUCUUCUGAGGGAAAUGUGCUUUCAUCUGACUCCCAUAAGCCAAGUAGUUACUUACAGCAACCUUUAGCAUCUCGAGCUGAAGUCUGCCCUUGGGAGUAUGACACACCAGAUUUACCAAAUGCAGAAAGAAGUGUAGCUUUAUUGAACACCUCUGCUAUAAGUGCAAAUAAAACAGCAACACCUCGAAAAUAA